CAUUCCAUUCAUGUUUCAGAACAAACGCGACGCAGUGUGAGAGCGUCGUCCGGCCAACGAGGACGCUAAUUUACCAGGAGUAGACGAGCAAACGUCCUCCAGAAUCCAUCCACCCUGACAGCUCAAAUAAGUCUGGAUAAUUGUCCAUCCCAUAAAUUUUAUACCCUCCGAAUAAGCCCUCAAAAGUGAACAGUUUAAUUAUUACAUCAUUAUUACCGGUCAUCAAGAUUAAUAUUUAUUUUUAUAUUUAUUUUAAUUCAUAUUGUUGUGGAUUUGUGACGUUAAUUGGUGGCAAAUCCACUGAAAAAAAAAAUGUUGUGAUGGCGGAGAGACGCCGGCUUCCAAGCUCGGAGCCUCCCUCAGGAACCCCCACACAGGAAAAACGAGCUAAACUGCAAGAGGAACAAGAGCCUCAAGGAGAGGAGCCCAAUCUCCUGGCAGAAGAGACACUUGACACAACUCCAGAGGACGCCGGAACCCUGGAAGUUGAAGAGGCAGUGCCAAGUACUUCAGGAACCCUCGGCCUCGUGCAAUCCACCACGGGAAGAAAGGCCGAGGGUUCCCUGGAGUCUUCCUUCAUCGGCGAACACGCGCACUAUCAGGAAUUGUCGCAAAUCGGUGAUGGAGCAUAUGGAACAGUUUACAAGGCCAAAGACGUCUCGAGUGGUCAGGUAGUGGCCCUGAAGAAGGUGCGAGUCUCACUGACUGAAGAUGGACUUCCCACAUCUACAUUGAGAGAAAUUGCCGGGCUGAAACAGCUGGAGAGGUUUGAGCAUCCGAAUAUCGUGAAACUUCUGGAUGUCUGUCAUGGAAUGUAUCUGCCAUCUCCUGAGAGGAGCGAUGGAACCAGAAGGCCUGAUCGACCUGAUAAAGGUCUGACAUUGUGGCUUGUCUUUGAGCAUGUCGAUAGGGAUCUCGCCAAGUUCAUCUCUGAUUGUCCAACAGCUGGAGCAUCUCCUGCUUUGAUCAAUCAAAUGUCCAGAGAAAUUCUCCUCGGUGUUGAUUUUUUACACAGUCAUCGGAUCAUUCAUCGGGAUCUCAAACCACAGAAUAUUCUUGUGACGACAGAGGGGAGAAUCAAAAUCGCUGAUUUUGGAUUCGCCAAGACUUAUGACUUUGAGAUGAGGCUGACUUCUGUUGUCGUUACUUUAUGGUACAGAGCUCCGGAGGUACUCUUAGGAUGUGCCUAUGCUACUCCUGUCGAUUUAUGGUCGGUCGGUUGUGUUUUAGCAGAGUUGAACACCCUGAAACCAUUAUUUCCUGGGAGUAGUGAGGGAGACCAGCUCGAUCGAAUUUUCAAAAUAAUUGGUACACCAACUCAAGAGGCAUGGCCGAAAAAUGUCUCUCUGAGUUACACAGCAUUUCCCCAAAGAAUAGCAACACCUCUACGCAUCGUUAUUCCCAGUCUCAGCUCCAGUGGAAUUGAUCUCAUCUCCAACAUGCUGACCUUUGAUCCACACGUGAGAUUAACAGCAUCUCAGGCUCUUCAACACCCUUAUUUCACCACAGAAUCUUCAUAACACUUAUCACUUAUUUAAAUAAUUAUUGUAGCAAAUAGAAAAUGUGUAAAACGUAUUCGCAUGUACAGAAACUUCAUCUCGAAUUUUAAUUGUAAUCGUAAAAUGCAUAUCAAUUAGUUUUAGUAUGAGUAUUACUUAAGUUCUUCGUAUUUAUGUAUAAAUAUGAAUUUAGAAUUAGGAAUAUUAGGGGAGAUUAAUGUUAUCGUGUGGUGAGAGGAGCUCGAAGCACUCGAGGACGUGCCUUCGUUUGUUCAAUCGUUAAUUAAUUGUUGAUGAUGUUUCUAGAAUUUUAUAAUCGCGUAAGACUGGGGUCAAUGACCCAUUUAGGACUGCUGAAGAGUAUUAGGAUACUUUUUUGAGUUUAACCAGAAAAAUCACUGCCAAUUUUAGUUUCUAUGUAUGUCAUGUAUAUUUAAUAAUGAGUAUCUAGUUGGUUAAGAUUUCGAUUUAGAAUUGACAUAUGUAUUUUUUGGUAAUAUAUUAGAUUAAUUCGAUUAUGUACCUUGAGAUGUCCAUCCCAUCGAAAUUUGGAUUAUCGUAAUAUUGAUAAA